GCCACUCUCACACUGUGAUUCAACUACAGAAAGGAUAAAGUGUCUUGUUUAAAAUAAACAAACGCAGAGAAAAACUCUGCUGAACUGCUGAAGCGACUGAUCUCCACACUGUUAUAAAGAUGGCGUUUAUUAAAGAGGAGAGUGAAGAUGUGAAGAUUGAAGAAACAUUCACAGUCAAACAGGAAGAUCUGCAGGAACAAACAGACUUAAUUGAAGAGAAUGAGCGGAGUAAAGAGGAGGAACAUCAUGACAAAAUUGAUGAAAAAAGUAAAUUACAGACUGAUGGUAUUUUGAAAAGGAGAGACAAGAAUCGUUUCACCUGCACUCAGUGUGGAAAGAGUUUUGGAAGAAAAGAAACUCUUAAAAUUCACAUGAGGAUCCACACUGGAGAGAAACCAUUCACAUGCACUCAGUGUGGGAAGAGUUUCAGCACAUCAUCAUCCCUUAAUAGUCACAUGAGGAUCCACACUGGAGAGAAACCAUUCACAUGCACUCAGUGUGGGAAGAGUUUCAGCAAAUCAUCAUCCCUUAAUCUACACAAGAUGAUUCACACUGGAGAGAAACCAUUCACAUGCACUCUGUGUGGGAAGAGUUUCAGCCAAUCAUCAUACCUUAAUCUACACAUGAUGAGCCACACUGGAGAGAAACCAUUCACAUGCACUCAGUGUGGGAAGCGUUUCAGCACAUCGUCAUCCCUUAAUCUACACAUGAGGAUCCACACUGGAGAGAAACCAUUCACAUGCACUCAGUGUGGGAAGAGUUUCAGCCAAUCAUCACACCUUAAAAAACACAUGAGAAUCCACACUGGAGAGAAACCAUUCACAUGCAUCCAGUGUGGUAAGAGUUUUAACUGCUCAUCAUCCCUUAAUCAACACAUGAGGAUCCACACUGGAGAGAAACCAUUCAAAUGCACUCAGUGUGGGAAGAGUUUUAACAACUCAUCAUCCCUUAAUCAACACAUGAGGAUCCACACUGGAGAGAAACCAUUCACAUGCACUCAGUGUGGGAAGAGUUUUAAGUACUCAUCAAACUUUAAUCAACACAUGAGGAUCCACACUGGAGAGAAACCAUUUAAAUGCACUCAGUGUGGGAGAAGUUUUAGCAAAUCAUCAUCCCUUAAUCUUCACAUGAUGAUCCAUACCGGAGAGAAACCAUUCACAUGCACUCAGUGUGGGAAGAGUUUCAGCCAAUCAUCAUCCCUUAAUCUACACAUUAGGAUCCACACUGGAGAGAAACCAUUCCCAUGCACUCAGUGUGGAAAGAGUUUCAGAUGCUCAACACACCUUAAUCUACAUAUGAUGAUUCACACUGGAGAGAAACCCUUCACAUGCACUCAGUGUGGGAAGAGUUUCAGCCAAUCAUCACACCUUAAUGGACACAUGAUGAUCCACACCGGAGAGAAACCAUUCACAUGCACUCAGUGUGGGAAGAGUUUCAUCCGCUCAUCAUCUCUUAAUCUACACAUGAGGAUCCACACUGGAGAGAAACCAUUCCCAUGCACUCAGUGUGGGAGGAGUUUCAGCUGCUCAUCACACCUUACUUUACACAUGAGGAUCCACACUGGAGAGAAACCAUUCACAUGCACUCAGUGUGGCAAGAGUUUCCACCAAUCAUCAGCCCUUAAUCAACACAUUUGGAUCCACACUGGAGUGAAACCAUUCACAUGCACUCAGUGUGGGAAGAGUUUCAGCUGUUCAUCACACCUUAAUCUACACAUGAGGAUCCACACUGGAGAGAAACCAUUCACAUGCACUCAGUGUGGAAAGAGUUUCAGCCGCUCAUCAUCCCUUAAUCAACACAUGAGGAUCCACACUGGAGAGAAACCAUUCACAUGCACUCAGUGUGGGAAGAGUUUUAACUGCUCAUCACACUUUAAUCACCACAAGAGGAUCCACACUGGAGAGAAACUAUACACAUGCACUCAGUGUGGGAAGAGUUUUAACUGCUCAUCACACUUUAAUCCCCACAUGAUGAUCCACACUGGAGAGAAACCAUUCACAUGCACUCAGUGUGGGAAGAGUUUCAGCCGCUCAUCAUCCCUUAAUCAACACAUGAGGAUCCACACUGGAGAGAAACCAUUCACAUGCACCCAGUGUGGGAAGAGUUUCAGAUGCUCAUCACACCUUAAUCUACACAUGAUGAUUCACACUGGAGAGAAACCAUUCACAUGCACUCAGUGUGGGAAGAGUUUCAUCCGCUCAUCAUCCCUUAAUCUACACAUGAGGAUCCACACUGGAGAGAAACAAUUCACUUGCACUUAAGCCGCGGUCACACUGAACUUUUCUACCCAUAGACUUCCAUUCAUACGCACGCGACCAGAAAUGCAAGUUCGUGCGUCAGGUUUUACAGUUCACUGCGUUGCAAAAUACAAGCUUGGUGGACUCUGACCUGCGAAAUCGCAUCACUUGACUGUGUAAGACCAAUUGUAGAUCAAAACAUGACUUCUCUGGACAGCAAUGUAAAAUAUGGACCAAUCGCUUACUUUUUUAAUGUCUAAUCAUCUUGUUUAAUCCCGCUCUUUUUCGCAGUGCCGUACAACAGAAUUUCGCAUGCUCAAACUCUAGUGUGACAGCAGCUUCGGUGUGGAAUGAGUUUCAGCAACUCAUCAGACCUUAAAGGCUCACAAAACACCUUUUUUGAGCUGUUGACAGUCAUAUAAGUGUCCCAUGCUGCUAAAAACACUAUUAGGACACAUAUUUCACAAUGUUAGUGAAUGUUUCGUGAAAUUAGGUUGUUUUUGCGUUAUUUCGAGCAAAUUCCUUCUUCCGGUUUGGAACUAAUUUUUGAAGCUGCGUCACGUGGAUUAGAUCCUGGCAUGUAGACUGGCUGUCUGUACCUGGGAAUACUUUGUGAUGUCUCUGAGUGUGCUGCAUUUAUUCAUGAAAAAGACUUCAACCAAUCAGUGCGCUCUAUUGUGUAUGCGAUGCAACUUCAUUAAUUUGCAUGAUAGUUUUACCUGAAACAGCGUUCAAAAAGCAGAUAGACGACACGAUGUGUUGCCAAAACAAGUGGGAGAAUAAGAAUUGUUUGGAGAUACGGGUCAUCAGUGUUGCUUUUAUAAUUUGCUGCAUCGAAGGUUAUGUUUUCAUUUUCCUGCUAUGAGAGCGCAGGUGGACUCGUGUGGAUUACAGUGCACAUGACACGCGGCAGAAAUACGUUUGUACAGAACAUUUUUUACUCAAGAGCUUUUUGCAUCUGGAAAUCGUGAAAUCUGGAUUUGCUUCUCGUCUCCUUUUACAAAAAAAAGGCUCCAGUUGGUGUUGAUUGCCCUGUCUCUAUAGAUUUGGUAAGUAAGCGAUCAGUGGUCUUUGUUUGUUUAUUCAGAUGGCAAAGUUAAUUUGUAUCGUCAGCAGUACUCUUUCAGUGUUUAAAGACAGACCUUAGGCAAAAUGAUUUCUAAGUUGUUUACAGUAAGUUAAUAUCACUACAAUAUUAUGGACUGAAAGAUCUGCUGUAAAUGCUGCUCUCCGAGUCUAAACAUGUAAACACCGCAAUCGCAAACUAUUACCGACCGACGUGUUGAAUUUUCGCUGCGUUUUGUGACGGGAUAGUCUAUGCACACACACUCACGGCUUUCUGACCUACCAAGUGCAUCAGAGUUACUGAGAAAUGCCGAGAUUUUUUUUUUUCUCUUAUACAACGUGCGGUAUCAAACAUUCCACGGUCAAUAAACACAGUCACUCUCUUUC